GGGACGUAUAUCAACCACUCAAUUUUCUCAUCCACCAAUCCAUGCACACUAACUCUAUCAAUCUUUCUGAAAAAGAAUGGGAACGAUUGGAUGCUACGAUGUAGAAGGAUUGAGGAAAGGUGCUUGGACAGCUGAAGAAGACAAGAAGCUCUUAGUUUAUAUACAAGAACAUGGUGAAGGAGGCUGGCGUUCCUUACCCGACAAAGCUGGUCUUAAAAGAUGUGGGAAGAGCUGUAGGCUGAGAUGGGCUAAUUAUCUGAGACCUGGCGUUAAGAGAGGAAAAUUCAGUGCAGAGGAAGAGCACAAGAUCAUUGAACUUCAUGCUGUUCUAGGAAACAGGUGGUCGAUCAUCUCUAGGCAUUUACCUGGGAGAACAGACAAUGAAAUCAAGAAUAUUUGGAACUCGCGCUUGAAGAAACGCCUAGCUAAAAUGGGUAUCAAUCCAGUCACUCACAUGCCUAAUAACACAUCUAAACCAAGGUCUAAAUCUAAUGAGUUAGACCUAAACCAACAUCAAGCUGGUUCAUCGCUAUCAAUUUCAGCUUCUGCUCAGCUACUCAACAAAGUAGCUGCCAAGCUUGUACCAUCUGGUUUCCUUGACACACUAAAGUCCUGGCAAUAUGGUCAGGAAAAGUUAACUGAAGGCGAUGAAAGUAGUACAAACACUGGCAACGAUAACUCUGGAAUUGGCAUUGAUGAGAGAUGUAGGAUUGAGUCUCCUGGUACCAUGAAUAUGUCUAAUUCAGCUUCAACUCAGUCACACAGCAAGAUGGCCUCCAUGUCCAGUCAAAUAUUGUCACAUGAUCCUAGUGCUAAUACUUGUGACAUCAAAGUUGGCAAUACUUGUAAUCCUGAAUGUACUAUGUGGCCUUCAGGAAAUACAUUGGAGAUGCCAAGAGUUGCUUCAACUUCUUCUUGGGUACUUGAUGAAAUUGUUACUAAGCCUGGAGUAUUUCAUUGUUCUGAAGAAAAUUGGCAAGGUACUUCAUCAGUGUCUAUUGAAGAUUAUUCAUGUGGUGAUGGCAGUAUUUAUGACAUUGUUGGUAUAGGUGGUGCCUAUGAUACAGUAUCCAAUAUCUACACACAGCUUCCAGAAGAAUGCAAUGGCACCAUCAUCCACUGAAUCAUUCGAAUUAAGCUAAGUGUGGAGGUGCCAUGACAUGUUAUAUGACUCUCCAGAGGCAUGUGGUUAUGCAGAAAGUGCGAAUAUAUAGUAAAGAUUAAUAGUUGAAUUCAAAUGUGCUUUAUUUCUUUUUCUUUUUUCCAUGGUGGAGCGAUGUCAGAUCACUAGGGAAGAUGGAAACAGUCGAUGGAAUGAUUAUUUCUUGGUAAUGGGAGAAAAUAGGAUAUACUAGUUCGAUUGAUAUUCAUCUGUUUAGUCAUUACAUGAAAAUAGAAUAUUGAAUUUUUA